ACUCACAGAUGUCUGUUCAGUAGUGGUAAUACUCACAGAUGUCUGUUCAGUAGUCGUAAUACUCACAGAUGUCUGUUCAGUAGUCGUAAUACUCACAGAUUACCUUUGAUAUUUUCAGUACAAUUUUUCUUUUGAAUAAAGACUUUCUAAAAUGCCACAAUUCAGCAUUUUGACCGUGACUUCUGGAAAAAUUUUAACCCACUUAUCCCAACAUUUCUCCACGUUUUCACCAUCAUUGAAAAAGCCCUAGUUCUUUUGUUGUUUUGACAAAGUCAUUUAUGAAGAUUUGUAUUUAUUUACUGUGAUUAAUUUACAUCUGUCCAUCUUUUUAAGGUCAACCCUGUUACGUGAACUCUCGUUUUAAUAUGUGGUCCUUCUGUAGCUCAGUUGGUAGAGCAUGGCGCUUGUAACGCCAGGGUAGUGGGUUCGAUUCCCGGGACCACCCAUACGUAGAAUGUAUGCACACAUGACUGUAAGUCGCUUUGGAUAAAAGCGUCUGCUAAAUGGCAUAUAUUAUAAUAUGGUGAAACUGUUUUCUAAAGAAAUAUUCAACAUCUAAUAGCUAAAUCAUGGUGUAAAAGCAGGUAAACAAACUGUUUCUCCUCCUUUAGUAAAUUUUCUUGUGUUUUGUGGUGGAAAACUGAGUGGGUUGAGAGUAACACUUCAAACCUGUUCUCCAGAGAUUUAAACAAAUAAAUGGGGAAGCUUGCUUUCCAUUGCCACUCCCUGCGAACAGGCUUCCAUUACCCCUGUCACAAAGAUAUUUAUGGCUGAUUUCAAAUGGUCAACCCUGAUAUGGUCAACCUUGUUACUUAAUAGGCACUUACUAUAAUCAUUUAAACAAAUAUCUCUUGAGAUGGGAAAACAUCAUUUUUACAAAGUUGAACCUAUGCUCUUUAUGAGAGACUGUUCAAAUUAGGUGAAAUCCCAAAAUAAAUUUGAGCAAGUUACACUUCUCAAAAGGCAGCAAAUUGUGUUUUUAUCAUUAGAACCACUUCCUGAAAAUGUGGUGGUGUAGAAUAUGUGACUGUCUGGGUUAGAAUCUGGGUCGUCUGGGCACCAAACGUCUCUGACUCAUUUAAAAUGUUCUCCACAGGCCUCUAUGAAGCAGAUCGGCAGUACUCAGACAGAAAGUGAUGUAUCACUGGGUAUUCCUGCAAAUACUGUCAUGGCCUACAGUCUGAUUGAACUCUAUGUCAAAUGCAAUGGACAGUUUGAGCUGUGCCUCUUCUCCAACAAUGGGGGCUUUGAAAAGGUUAGGUCAAAGGAUGACAUUGAAGAGGAUGGAAUUAUGGACCUGAGAGGCAACUUUGAUGCCAACAGCCACUUAAAUCUGAACGAAGAACUGGACAAACUGAGUGGUCAUUUCCAGCUGCUGUCAGUCCUGCCUGUGGCCAAACGCUCCUCUCUGCUCCAGCUCCUCAAGACAACCAUGGAGGACAGAGAGGCAGUCAGUGUGCUGGAGUGUGUGCUGGAUCAGUUGUGUGAAGGUGAGACUCCUGACCUGGGUGAUCUGGAAGAGUCUGAGAGGGAGACAGUCCAGGCCAUACUGGAUCUUGUAGACCAAUGUGUUGGGAAGGAUGAGGAUGUGAUCAGAUCCUCACUUCUCAGUGCCAUCCACCUCAUUGUCAGUGCCAUGGACGGAAUGACAGAUGAAGGUCUCUCUAUGUUGGGAUCCUGUUGCAGUCCUCCAGUCUUACAGGCCCUGCAGAUCCUGGUGCAGCAUGUGGCAGCAGGGAGUGGGGAGACCCUCUCUCUGAGAGAUGCAGGUCUGGCUGUUCUGACUGAGGAGGACGUGUAUCAGAGGACAGAGAGUCUCUUUGGUCACUCUGAAGUUACACUGAAGAGAGAGGAGGACACACUGAGGACAGAGAUGAAGGACCAGCCUGGAUACCUUCCUCUAGUCAUGAGUAUCACUGUGAAAGGCCUGGCCUCUUUAGUGUAAGGAGGGAGGGAGAGGGAGAGAGACCAUGCAACUUGUAAAUCCUGUUUGAACUGAUACACUCAGUAUUCCAUUCCAUGUCUUACUCCUGCACUAGUUGAGCUGAAGAACUAGUGAACAACAGUGAAUGUAUCCUUGUAAUGUUUUCAGUAAAGUUCAACACACGAUA